CUGAAUGCAACAGAAAGGUACAUGGGGAAGUUCAAGAGACAAAAGAUAGAAACAAGCUGUGGUAGGAAUGAAGAGGCUGAUAUCAUUAAAAGUGAAAUGGCAUUAGUUACAAAGCAUGCAAAAUGCAUUCGCUCAGUUGAUGCAAAUCUAGAAGGGCGCUUAGUCAACUGGAUGAGCAUGGAUGAGACUCAGUUUUUGCAUUUUGAUAAAGUUAAAGAUGGUGAAUCUGCUGCUGAUUGUGACGAUUCAGAUGAGAGCGAGGAUGAAGAUGAUGACUGUUAUGAAGAAGAUGAAACUAAUACAAGAAGUGCUAAUAAUAAUGAGCUAAAGGAGCAGCCUCGUGGAGAAGAUUUUGAUCAACGAAUGCUUCCCUGUUUGGAAAAUUUUGCUGGUGGUCAGAGAGAGGCCAUUGUUGGAAAUGUAAGCCAGGGAACUAUUGAAUAUGAAAUAGAAGAUUGCAGACCACUUGAUUCACAAGCACUUCAAAACCAAGUGGAUCAUAAGAAACAUGGUAAGAGAGAAGUUAUGAACGAUGGAGAAUACAAGCCACAAGAAGAGAUACUUAUGCAUAAGAAGAAAGCUUGUCAUACAGGAUCUGCCAGCAUAUUGGGGAAUAAAAAGCCUGCAAAGGUGCCUUUCUGUCCAAAAGAAGUAAAGGGAAUACUUGAGUCAGAAGCCCUUCUAUUGAAAAAUGCUCAGUCCCAUACCAUAAGAAAAAUCAUAGUCUUUGCCUCUCUGGGUAUAAGGCAUGGAUGUGAAGAUAUGUAUGAAUUAGACUUCAAUCAUUUUAGCAUCCUAAGGAAGGGGGAACCAUAUGUCUCACCAAAGAAUCCUGGGGAGCAUGUGCUAUAUGAGAAUCCUGGAGUCCGGAGGAAGAUUUUCUACCCAAAUCGAGAGAAUCCAACACUGUGUCCCGUUCAAAUACUUGAGGAGGAAAAGGCUAUGCGUCCAUCUGAUCCUAGCUGCCCCUCAUGCUUAUUUUUGUGCAUCAAGUAUGGUGGAAGAACAAGAAAUCUUCCCCAGAAUGAAUAUGUCAGGCAACGAAUGGGAAGAAACAAGCUGAAGUCUUUUGGGCCAGUUAUGUGCCGAAUGGCAAUGCUAGUCCAUGUUCGCAGUGGAAGCUUCUUCUUCAAGGCCUUGGGCAUCACUCUUCUGUUCAUGGCUGGUUUUCCUGGUGACUUAGUUCAAAGGGAAACAAAAUACCGGAACCUAGACUUGCUGCAAAAAUAUUACAGGACAGAUGGGGAUGCUGAAGGGGAAGAGUUAUUUCUUCCAUAUCCAGCCACUCCUGAUACUCAGCCCAGUCCCAGCUUUCAGCAGUUAACUGGGAAGACAUCAUCAACGAAAUCAAAGAUCAAAAAACAAUCAAACUCCACAAAUAAGACUCAGAAUGCGCCAAGAUCCUCAGUGCAACAGCCUGCUUCUCCAUGUGUUGUGCCUCGUGUGCAAUUUGGGCUUAUGGGGUGUGCUUCUAUUCAAAAUCAUGCAAUGACACCAAUUCAAUCUAUGCCAUCACAGACUCAUGCCGAUGCCCCUCUAGUAUCAAACCAAGUAUUUCCUCACUCUGCUACUAAUUUGUCAUACCACAGCCACUCCCUUUAUCAUAUAUUCCCACCACAGCCUGCAAAUACUUUCAUGCCAAUGAUGUAUUGGCCUCCACCAAGUGCAUUUCCUUCUAGUCCCUACCCAACUACCUAUGGUUAUGGAUCUUUUCCAUCAACUGCAAGUUACAUGUCAAUCCAUCCACAGCCUUAUAACAAUCGUCCUGCCGGCAGUUCUUUUGUCCCUAAGAUGGUAGAAGGUAAUGCAAAUAAUAAUGUGGCUCUGGAGGAACCCGAUAGUGAUUCAGAUAGCUCUUCAAGCAGUACAGAACCAAAAGAGCCAUUAGCAAGCUGCAAGUAAUGCACCAGCUGAACAUAGUGCAAUUUUGUAAAUGAACCUCCAUUGGGAAAAAAAAUCUUAGCGAAAGAAAUGCAAUUUAGUGCAUAUUCAUGUAGCUUACAGGUUCAUCUGCAUGUUCUGUGUAUGUUACAGUUAAAAAAAAGUGAUUUCUUUCUCCCCAA